AUGGUUGCCUUGCGGCGCUCGUCCAAAGCAAAGAGUCCCGAUCAUCAUGAACAUCAUGAUAUCAAAAGAAAGCACGAGGCAGCAGCAGGGGAACAUACUGCCAAGAGACAAAAAUCCAGUGGUACAGCCCACAGUUCCAAGGAAUUGCAAGUAGGUGACAAGAUACCCGACGUGAUACUCAAAAACCAAGAUGGGGAGGACGUAUCAUUGGCCAAGGUGACCGACGAGACCAAAGUGGUAGUAAUCUAUUCAAACCCUAAAGCGGGCACAAUCGGAGGCACUGAACAGGCGUCAGCGUACAAAGAUCACCAGAGCGAAUUGAAGAAAAUAGCGAAAGUCUUUGGACUUAGUGCCGAUGAUGUGAGGUCACUCAAGGACUUUCAAAAAUCGCAGUCAUUGCCCUUCGACGUUCUCUCUGAUCCUGGCCGUGAGUUGAUUGAGCCUCUGGGAGCGAAAAAGGGCACUUCUACUCAACGUUCACACUGGGUGUUCUUGAAUGGUAAGCUUAUUGACAAAAAAAUUGGGGUCUCCCCAGAAUCAUCAGUUGCGGAUGCCAUAAAAGCUGCUUCCAAAGCCCACGGAGGUAGCAGCGGUCGGGGACGUCCAAAAAAGGAGCAGCACAAUGAAGAAGUCAAAGACGAAGAUGGACAUGAUGCAGCUGAUGCCCAUAAGACUACCCACAAGCCUGCUGCCAAGGCUCAUGGUCGCGGGCGUCCUAAAAAGGAGCAGCAUGAUGAAGAAGAUGAAAACAAUGACCAAGAUGGUGCCGAAUAUGCUGCUGAUGAUGCUGAAGAUCCCGAACUGGAAGAAAUCGGCCAAGAAGAUGACGUCGAGUACGAGACUCAGGACUUAAAGACAGACGAAAGAGACGAAGGCGUUGUGGGGGAAGAAAAAGAUAUUGAAAACGCAUUUGACAGCGUUGACGCUGAGAGGGAAGAUCUACAGGCAGAGGGCACCGAGGGUGAAGAUUAUUUGGACGAAGAGGAAGAAAAUAUCGAUGUGGAAGAGAAGGACUAG